AUGCCACCCAAAGGGACCAAGAAGUCAGCGCCUGCACCGCCAAACAAGACGCUCGUUCUUGACAAUGGCGCAUACUCAAUCAAGGCCGGUCUCGUCCCUGCCGCUUCCGAAUGUACAUAUGACGACUGCAGCGUGAUUCCAAACUGCAUCGCGCGCAGCACACGCGACAAGCGCACUUACGUUGGUGCCGAGCUUGACUCUUGCAAGGAUUUCGGAGAGUUGGCAUUCCGGCGUCCGGUGGAAAAAGGCUUCAUCGUCAACUGGGAGGCAGAGAAGGCGAUAUGGGAGCACGAGUUUAUGGGCGACGCCGUGGGGGAGGGGUUGAGGUGUGACCCAAAAGAUACAAACUUGCUUUUAACAGAGAAGCCAAACUGUCCAAAAGAACUCCAGAAGAAUUGCGACGAGAUCAUCUUCGAACAGUUUGAAUUCGCUGCGUACUACCGAUGCGUGGGCGCGACACUAAACGCCUACACCACUCCCACUGCGUCCUCGUUGUCAUCGCUGCCGCAAGAGUGCCUCCUCAUCAUCGAUACUUCGUACUCAGACACGACUAUCCUACCCCUCUACAACGGGAAGCUCAUACAGUCGGCCGUGCGGCGCCUCACAGUGGGGGGGAAGCUGCUCACAAACUACCUGAAAGAGCUCUCCUCGCUGCGACACUACAACAUGAUGGAAGAGACGUAUCUGCUCAACGAGAUUAAAGAGGCGGUGUCGUACGUCGUGCCCUCGUCGCAGCAAUUUGCCACGGAUCUAGAGCAGACAUGGAAGGGACGGCUGGGGAAUAAAAGAAAGCUGGAUUCGAGCAUUGUAGUUGACUACGUGCUGCCGGAUUACGAGAAUGCGAUACACGGCCAUGCGCGGCCCCACGACCCUGCAAAGUCACGCAUGCGCCGCGGGCUGCAACCGUUACAAGGACCAAGGGAGGAUCUGCUGCCUCUGGGGAACGAGCGCUUCGCUGUGCCAGAGUUGCUCUUCAAUCCCUCGGAUAUUGGCAUUCAGGAAGAUGGUAUACCCGGCGCCAUCAUGGAGUCGCUGAGCGUACUACCAGAAGCUCUGAGAAUAGGUCUGCUGGCGAAUGUUGUUGUAGUAGGCGGGAACUCGUUAAUUACUGGCUUUAUGGAACGACUGCAGACAGAUUUGAGGGCUCUGGUACCGGCAGAGUAUCCGCUGAAGGUAGUACGGGCAGACGAUCCGAUCAAGCAUACAUGGCUAGGAGGAGCAAAUGUCGCUAGCCAGCCCGAGUUGCUGAAGGACUUGCUUGUGACCAAGGCCGAGUAUGAUGAGAGGGGCUCUACUUGGCUAUCAUUCCUCCUUCCGGGUAAACAGGACAAGCGGAAGCACCAGCAGUUUGUGCGAAGAUGGCAGAAACGUCUUCUCGGCGACUCGGAACCUAUUGGCGCACAUGUUGACCCAUACGAUCCCACAUCGCCAGUCCGGAUAGCACCCGAAGACCAGGGCGAAUAUGAAGAGGUGCUUGAGGAUGAAGCCUCCAACUUCCCCAUGUACAGGCCAGCGAAGCACGCAGGCGACCUUCAGCGGGUUGGUGGCGAGGACUGGCUCAGACAAAAGGUCGAAAAAGACAUAGCCAAGGAAUUCGAGAAACUAACACUACGGACAUACACGCCGCUGACACUGGGCAUGGCCGAUGAAAUCGAAGAGCUGACGGGCACACCAUACACUCUCAAGGAUGAGAACCUGAUGAUGGCGCAGACGAUGCACGAGAAAACCAACUGGCCGUAUACCCAGUACAACUUCGGUCUCCAUUCCAAAGCUGCCCGAGUCACCGACAUGCGCGCUCGUUUCACGCAAGCUGUUGCCGAGAUCUACGCUCUGAGGCAGGCUGGUCUCGAUAUGGACUUCUCCAAGUUCGCCAACCGAGGUGUUUACGAUCGGCCACGCUGGGUCAAGGACAUCAAGCUAGUUAGGACAGAAAGCGGCGAACUUGCUCUUGCCUUCCCGGAGCACAAGAGCCUGGAUGACCUUCUGACGACGAUGCAAAUGGCACCUUCUUGGGAAGCUGAGCCAGACGAGCUCCUUGUGGAGGAGGUUGUUGAAGAGCUCGAGGGUGCCAACCUUUCCCAGGAGCAGGUACCGACCAUGGAUCCAGAAACACCAGCAUACAAGAGGGCGGCAGUGGUCAAGCAGGAUGCCGAGAAGCCGUUUGACUUCAUGUCGAACCGUCCUGUGCCUCGCGCGAAGCCAGUUGAAGAACCAGUCAAGCAGCCAGUUGUUGAGGAAGUGGUGGUUCAAGAAACCGCACCUCCUCAAGAUACUCCUGACGCAGCCCUAAACACUCCUCCCGCCCAUGCAGCGGACCCAGAGCCCAUUAACGAAAUCGCCCCAGCAGCAGCGAGCGAGUCGCGACAUGCUAUUCUUGAGGAAAGAGCGCAGCGCUCGGCCGCCGACUUUGCAGCUCUGAAGAAAUCGCUUCAGCAAAGCAAGGGACAGUCUUCUGCUAUCAAGCCCGAAGAGACCAAGUGGCGACACAUCCCCGUUGCUGACAUUGACGUCAAGUUCGCUCUUUUCAAACGGCUUUACCAACUGACUGGCUGCCGCAUCUCCGACCCGCACCUCUCUUCAGCGAACACUCUAGGCGAUCUAUACAGUUACCUCUUGGAGGCCGCCAAACCUCAACCUACCAGUCUUUACUCUGCUAUCCACAUAGAAGGCCAGAAGGCACGUGAACGAGCGAAGCAGCAAGCCGCAUCUGAAGUUGUUACUAAGCGGAGGGCUGACCUGGGCGACUUAAUCAACAUGGGCAAUGUCGAGCUACGUCGCGUCAAGGCUAACAAGACCGAGAAGCGCAGCAAGACUGGUCUGGACAAGGUGGUGAGCUAUGCUCUGUGGGAGCGUGGUCUGGGCAGUGGAACACCAUCCAGGAUCCUCGAGAUUAAAAGGAGAAAAGCACGUGGUGUAAGACAUGCGCGGACACAGCGUGAGCUUGUCAGUCCUUUAAGCAGUAAGGCUGCCAAUUUUUUGGCAAGUAAGACGAAAUCAGCACAACCGUCGGCCGUCUAG